GUGAGGUUAAUUUUAGUACCAAGUUCCAUAGAUCGUUCCAAGUGUAACAGUGUCGGUUUGUUUUGAUGGCAGGUGUAUUUGGCGAUUUAAAUUUUAAAUCAUGUAACGAAAGAAGCUACAAAGAAGAAACGAAAACUUGAUUGCUUGAAUCUCUGCUGCUGAGAUGGUAAUCGUAGUAGUAUUGAAAUUUUGUUUGAGAGUUUAAGUAAAGAAAAUCGAAGCAAAAAAGGCUGUUAGUUCGACAAAACGGAAAAAAUGGCACCCAGAAAGAAAUCCAUUCAAUUGUCUACGCAAGAACUCAUAGACGUGUACCAGUGGAUAAAAAAAUUCAAAUUGUCAAAGGAAAUUAAAAAUAUCAACCGAGAUCUCUCGGAUGGAGUACUUGUAGCGGAAAUCUUGAAGCACCUUUACCCAAAGAUUGUCGAUCUGCACAACUACACCAGAUGUAAUGCGGUCCGAAAUAAGCUGGACAAUUGGCAAACCCUUAACCGGAAGGUGUUCCACCGAUUGAACAUCUAUCUGGACGACGAAAUGAUUACCGAUCUGGCUAGCGGAACAAAUGGCAUGUUGGAGGUGCUACUGUACGAGAUGAUGGCUAAGUAUACCUUAGAAAACAACCUCCUGCACGAAGUGGAUGAGUCGAAGAAAGAUAUGUUUUACUUACGAUGAUUUCGGUAUCGCAAGGUUAUCCAAUUAAUAUCGCAUGCUAUUCGUUCCAGUGUGUAUACAGUAGCGGUAACAUUUAUUUCGAGUAAAAAAUAUGCAGCUUUAGUUAAA